AACCUGCAGUAUUUUCGGGCAACGCAAAAACGGGCACACCUAAACUCGCAAUAGAAAAAAAAUAAAGGCUUUUCUUUUGCUUUAAAAUCGGAUUUUCGCCUGUAAAAGCGCUGUUUCGCGGCCAGAAAUAUGCACACUCGACGCCUCGCAGUGCCGUGCAACCAGAGUGCUUGAACUUGGGGCAAAUGCCUCGUGCUUUCAGUGCCUAUUGUGCGGUUUUGCCAGUGUAGUAUACAACCCACGAAAAUUUUCACCCGUUCUCGGGACGCAUGAAAAAUGGCGGCGUCCUCAGCUGCUGCCGCUGCUGCUGCGGCGACCACCAAUCCCAAUCCCAAUCCGAUCCCCAUUCCGGCGGAGGCGAUAUCGGAGGAGUGCAAGGAUGAUGACGCCCUCACCUCCACGCUGCACACGUGCGCCAACGAUCCGGACUUUGCGGUCAUUUGCGCCUUCCUGCAGAAGUUUGCCAAGGAUUUGGGCCUCAAUUUGCCGAAUUUCAAGCAACUGCAGGAGUGGCUAACAAACAACAACGAAGUUCCCGAAUUGAGGGACCUGCACAUAAAGCUGCUGCGGAAAACCCGUAAGACGGUCCACGAGAAGAGCUGGGAGUCGGCGCUCAGCAAGUUCUGCUUCGGCUAUUCGGUGCAAGAUGCCUGGGAAGUCGAGCGAUUCGGGUAUAAGAACUCCAGCCUUAAAGUCAAGCUACGAAUAUUUCGGGAACUCCUCGAAAGUCAGUUCGAGCGCAAUGCCAAGUUUCGCUCCCACAUCCUCACUUUAAAUGCCGACACCCUACGCUCAGAGCCGAUUGGGCGGGAUCGGUUGGGCCACGCCUACUGGCUGACCCAGGAUGCAGACUGCAAUCUGCGUAUCUAUCAGGAACAUCUGGACGAGGAGAUCUGGCAAGUGGUGGCCACCAAUCGGGAAGAAUUCGUCAAUCUCAUUGCAAGACUGCGUGGAAAUGAAGUGGUGCUGCCCUCGAAGGACAUCGGCGAGGCGGACGAGGAUACCAGCAGCAGCAACAGUUGUCCCGCCAAGCCGCCGCCUCCAGAGGAAAGAGAAGAGGAGGAUGAGGAGGGCGAGGAAGAUGAGGAGGAGCCCGUGAAAACGGUCCCUAAUCUGAAGAUUAAAUUGCGCUCUCCCGAGCAAGAGGAACAAAAGUCCAAAAGGGUCAAGCCACUGCUCAUCAGUCAGACCAAGCUGGGUGGUAGCGCCUCGCCGGCCCCAGCCAAAAAGCGGUCCAUCGAGGACGUAGACAGCAGUCCCACUGCUUCCCAGGAGGAGCAGCAGAAGAAGCACAGACCCACAUUGCUGGAUACCAAGCGCAUUAAGAAGCCCAGUCGCUACGAGAGCACCAAGGACGAAAACGAAGGAGAGUCUGGAGAAGAAGGGGGGGAGGAGGAAGAAGAAGAGGACGAGGAUGAUUCUGACUUAGACGAGGGCGAGGAGGAAGAGGACAUAGACAGUGCAGCAGCGGAUAUCGAGGAAGAUGACGAUGAAGAAGAAGUUGGCGAGGCAAUCGAGGAUCCAACGAUAGUGGUGCGGGGCCAAGGAUCAGGACAAGACAAUGAGACAAUACCCCUUAAUUUUAUGAGCGAUUAUCUGGGCAACUUUGACUACGAAGAGGACCUGCAGCUCAGUGAAGCCAUUGAAGAUCCAGUGCUCAAUGUUAUAGGCUUCGGAUGGGGAGCCGAUUGUCUCGUGGGCAAUGGAAACAAUGGCAAUAACGAAGCUCCCGUGGAGGAGACAACUGCGGCGGCGACCUCGGAGCCAAAGGCCACCUUCUUUUUCGGCGAGCCGGGUUGCCUUAAGCUUAGUCCCAUGAAGCAAACACCAAAGCCGGAGACGAAACGCAGCAUUUUCGACACCCUGAGCGAGGAGCAAACAAAUGGAGAGGGCGAAAAGUGCAGGGAGAGCACUCCGCCCAGAAACGGCAGUGCACUGAAGGAAACUCCAGCAGAUGGUGAAGCUGCAGCAUCUUCAGCUGCAAACGAAGAGCCUAAAAAAAUCGCAGAGGCUGAGAAAACUGAAAUCUCAAAGGAACAAAUCAAAGAUAAGGAAAUCGAGGAAGUAGCUGAACGGGACAUGCAGGAAUUCAAAGUAAACGUGAUUGAAACGAAUGAAAAAAUCUCCAAAGGUAUUACAAAAACUGAGACAUUAGAAAAAGCAGUGCCAAGUCAGAAAGGAGAACUUUCAGUCUUACAAAACCACUCAGACAACGUUGAACAAUCCUCAUUUAAGAACAAAGAUUUAUGUGAAAUUUUAGAAACAGAAGACAAUGUCAAGAAACGUUUGGAAGAAGCAGGCAUCAAGGAAAAUGGUCCAACUAAAAUAGAAGAUGAUAAACCAUCGGUAGCUGAUAAGCAGAAUUCGAAUAAAGAUAUCAAAACGCUUAGUAAAUGCAAUGACAAACCUUCAAGUGAAGCAGAGACACCUAAAACUAACCAAAAUAAUACGAGAACAAAAACUGAACCGGAAACGGUAACACCCGCUAAAGAACCAACGACAAGCGAAGUAGAAAUAAAACCUACUACAGACCCCAAUAAAUCAAAAUCUAUAAUUGAGCCACCUGUAGAAAAAAUCGAUGAUAAAAGCCUUGUGAAAGAAAGCAAAGUUAGCCCAGAAAAGGCUAAAGAAACUGUUGAAAGUGAGCCAGAAUCGCAUCCUUUGGACAAUAAACCCUCCACUUCACCGGAGGAUAAGUUAAAAUCAAGUAGCGAGGCAAUCACAACCUGUAACGAGACUCUUAAAGCCGAAAAUGCAUCCCCUGCUGAAAAUAAGUUAGAGGAAAAAGUACAAAAGGAAGGAAACGAGAAAUCAUUGAAGGAGGGGGAUGUUAAAAACAAAACCGACGCAGUUCCUAAGCCAUCAUCUACCCUAUUAAAUCGAAAGAGACGCCUUAAUGAUGCCCAACCCGCUUUCAGGAACUCCACGUCGGAAAGCGAAGUGCAGGAGGAUGAGCCGCAGGAUGAAGAUCCCACCACAGAUGAUCUUGAUGUGGGAGGCAAGCGCAUUAAGAUGAGACCCAAGACCUCCAACGUGGAGGCCAGACGAAAGGUAGAGGCUCAGAAGACGCAGAUCGAGGAAACUACGUCGUCCAGUGGAGAGGAAGAUCCACGCAGUCGUCGCAAGAUAAUCACGCCGCAGACUAAACAAAAACCAACUCUGGAGGAGAUUAUUGAAAAGAAGCUGAAGAAAACGACAGAAAAGGAAUUGCCUGAAGCAGAGGAGAAAGAGCAAGCAGGUGAAAAGAUCACAGAGAAACCACAGACUGCUAGAGAAGCUACACCUCCUAGCAGCUCCUUCAGCCCGCCAAAAAAGUCACCAAUUACCAAGCCGCUAAAGAAAAAUCUCCUUACCCAAUUGCGGCAGGAGGAAAGCGAAGAAGAGGCUAUUCCCAGAAAGCGGACGAAUAGUGAGACCAUCCUGCCUGCUGUAUCAGUUCCCAGUGGUCCUCUCGCUCCACCGGAGGAGCGUCAUCGCAAGCGUCGCAGCAGUGAAGAUGCCAAGGAGUGCUUCUCCAAGGAAUCCUCGCCCAGUGAACCGCCGCCCUCCGCCGUCAGCGAGAAGCUAAAGCGCAACAACGAGCAGGACAUCGAGGAGGAGGUCGAGGAUCCAAUAAAAGAUUCUUCGCCUCUUGUCAAAAGUCAAUCGCCUCCACCGGAUAACUCUGCCCGUCGUUCUGGUCGUCGAGGUGGAGCCGCUGUUGUUCACUCCGAGCUUCCUCAGCCCAAAAGAACGCGCGGUGGAGGCAGAGAUAAAAUCCCGACAGAGGUAAAAGCGGAGGAGGUGAAGGAGGAAUCUGAUGAUGAUGAUGACGAAGAAGUUACCAACGUAACAGCCAAACUAAAAUCGGAAAAUAUCAAGGAGGAUCCCGUUAAAGAAACCCCAUCAAAAGAGACGACUCCCGAAAAGGAAGACAUCAAGGAGAAAAGCAAGGAGGAGCCCAAGCCAAAGGUUGGCCGGGGACGUGGGCCGCGCAAGAAGCGCGAUGUGGACACCACCAAUAUCAUUGAGACCAAUGACUCGGAGACGCCAGUACGGCAAUCUCGGCGUAUUGCCCAGCAGAAGAUCAAAGAGGAGGCGGAGCGACGGAAGCAGGAGGAGGUGGCACUGCGCAGCAUGAAGCAGGAGCUCAAGAAGAAGAAGAAGGCCGAGAAGGAGGCAGAUCCCACAGUUCUGGAGCCCUCUGGCGAGGAAUCCGAGUCGGAGGCCAGCGAGGCGGAGGAGGAGGCACGCAGUAAAAAGAAGAAAAAGCUUCCUGGCAAGGAUGGGUGGUCUUCCGAUUCAGAGGAGCAGCCGGAGAGUGAGGAGGAGGAAGAGGAGCCACCACACUAUGAAACGGAUCCUGGCUCACCGCUCUUUCGCUCUGACCACGAAUUCUCGCCCGAAUCCGAGCUGGAGGAUGAAUCCCAGGUGGUGCCCAUGAAGCGGGCGCGCACAGUACGAAAGGAGAACGCCGAAGACCAGGAGGAGGAGGAUGCGGAGGAGGCGUGCCAAAAGUGCGGCAAGUCUGACCAUCCCGAGUGGAUUUUGCUCUGCGACACUCCCGCCUGCAACAAAGGCUACCAUUGCUCCUGCCUCUCGCCAGUGCUCUUCUACAUCCCGGAAGGCGACUGGCACUGUCCGCCCUGCCAGCAGGAGCAGCUCAUAGUCGCUCUAGAGCGCCAGCUGCUGCAGUUUGAUACGCUGGUGGCCCAGAAGCAACAGGAACGCAUUCUGGCCGAAGAGCGGGCCGAACUAGAGCGACAGGCGGCCACACUGGCGGCAAAGGACGAAAGCUUCAAGAGGGAGAAGGAAGAGGACGAUGAAGACGACGACGAGAAGGAUGACGAGGCGAUCAGCAAGGCGGACAAGGUGAAGAGGCGACGCGGCGAUGGACGCAGUAACAGGCGCGCUGCCAAGCGGGGCACCAGACGUCGCCGUGGCAACGAUUCCGACUCCAGCAAUGGCAAAUCUGCAGGCAGUGGCUCCAAAUCGGGCUCUGGUUCGGGAUCCGGUUCGAGUAGCAGCAACAGCAGCAGCUUCUCGGACUCGGAUGAUGAACCCAUCUACAAGUUGCGCAAGCGUCGGCAGAUCAAUGUAAGCUAUCGGCUCAACGAGUACGAUGAUCUCAUCAAUUCGGCCUUAAAGAAGGAGAUGGAUGAGGUGGCGGGCGCAGGGAAUCUGGGUCGCGGCAAGGACAUCUCCACCAUUAUUGAGGCGGACAAGGAGAAGGCACGACAAGAAGACGAUCCGCCUGCCGAGGGAGAGGCGCCUGAAAAGAAAAUCGACGCGAAAGAGGAACCGAAGACGAAAACCAGCGGCAGCAGCCAGUCAUCAUCGGAGGAUGAGAUUCCCCUGAAGCGCAGCAACAAGUUCAAGCAACCCCCGGCCAAGAAAAAGCCCCGCAAACUGACCACUUUGGAUGUGAGCAGCGAGGAAGAUCAUGGCAGCGAUGAGGAUUUCAAGACAUCCAGUUAUUCCGAUGAGGACACCUCACAGUCCGGAUCCGGAGACUCCGACUCAAGUUUGGAGGUGUACCGGCGACCUGGUCGAGGGAAAAAGCAGAGGAAGGCUGCCAGGAGAGCGGCGCGUGAGAGGCGCAAAGAUCGAAAAUUUGUGGUCGAGGAGAGCGACGAAAGUGAGGAGGAGGAUCAGAAGCGAAGGGCUACCAAGCCCAAGAAGAAAAAGAAGGAGGAUUCGGACUACACGGAAACCGAAACCGAAGACGAUGACAACGAGUUGUCCGAGAACGUGGACAGUGCCGAUUUGUGUGACGACACAACUUCCGAGAGCGAGGAUGGCAAUUGGAAGCCUUCAUCCAAAAAGAAAAAGGCGGCGGCCGCUAAGAAAUCGAGUUCGUCGGCCGGCAUUGCCAGAAAGUCACCCAAGCUGAAGAAGCCUGCCGCCCAGUCGGCGAAAAAGGUGAAGCGACUGGAGUACUCCGAUGAUGACAUCAGCGAGAGCGAUCUGGGCGAGGAGGAGGAUGAGGACGAGGAGGACGGCGACGGGGCGCCCUUGUCAGGCAAAGGUUCUGGCAAGCAGCCACGUUCCCAGCCGCUAAAAUCGAGCGGAUCCGCAUCGCAGGCAGGCAAGGGGAAAGGAAAGGGAAAGGCCAAGAAAAAGAAGUCUGUAUCCUCAGAGGAAGACGAAGGUGCCGCAUCGGAUGAUCGCACUCGCACCCGUGGACGCCGGUACGCCUACAUCGAGGAUGACGACGACAGCUCCGAUGGCGGCAUUAAACCCGGCGUCCAUCGGCCCGACACACCACCCGAGGAGCGUCAGAAGUUCAUCCAGCGACAGGAGGAGAUCAAGCGUAUGCUGGCCGAGAAAAAUGCAGAGGGCGCCAAGCUGGCGGCUACACCACGUCUUACGCCCAUCAAAUCGGGAGCCCCGGUGCCGGAGAAGCGCACACCUGGCAAGGCAGCGGGCGGUGAUUCGCUCUCCACGGUGCCGCUCUCAGUGAUUCGGCAGGCCAAGGUGCUGGACAUCGAUUACCUGCAACGCAAGGGCGAGACCAUUGGCGAUCUGGACGAUGUGGAUGAGUCGGAGUUGGACGACGCUGAGCUGCCGGACGACUUGCCGGAAGACAUGGAGGACGCCAUUGCACGAAUGGUCGAGGAGGAGGAACAGUUUAGCGCGGCGGUGGCUGCCCGCGAGCUACCUGGAGCAGAGGAAGUUUUGCGCACCACUCCCUCCAAGGCCAAGCAAUCUGCAAAGGCAACGACCGAGGCACCAGCUGCCCAUCCCGCUCCGAGUGCAUCUGGUUUGCAGGAGCCACACCGCAAGCGUCUGCCCAUGCCCACCAUGCAUCCGCCGCUGCUGCGCCAUCAGUUCCCGUCGCAUCCUCCCGCAUCCUUGCUGCCUCCUCACUCUGCUCAUGGAAUGCAUCCAAUGCUGCAGCGUCAUCUGUCGCAAGCGGUUCCCCCACCGCAGGCCAUGCAUCUGCUGCAAAACGCCCUCUCCGCUCCUCUUGGUCAACCUCUAAGCUGUGGUAAUUAUGGUGCAGGACCGGGAUCAUCUCAACACCUACCUCUGGUCAUGUCCAUGCCAUCGGCAGCGGCGGCAGCAGCUGCUCAUCUUAUGCAAUCGGCGGCCGCAGCGCCUGCAGUUCGUCCACCCGAGACAGCAGCGGGAAAUGCAGCGACGGAUUCAAAACCUAGAGGCAGACGGAAAAAGGUGACACCCCUGAGGGAUCAGUUGCAGAAGCAACAAACGGCGGCGGCUGUUACGGCGGCCACAUCCUCAUCAACACCGGGCACAGUCACUCCGGAAAAGGUCAAGGGACAGGCGGCGCUCUUUAAGCCGCACGAGGAUGCCGCUGCCGCCAGUCCUGCCACUUCGCAAGCCUCUGUGAUUACAAGGAUGCCGGCGCACCUGCCUCCGCCCCAUGGACGAAGUCAUGGACCACCGGUGCCUGGUGGAAUGUAUCCGAGCAGUGCGGAAUUGGCCCGAUUCUACAGCCAAGUAGCAGCUGGCCAGCAGCCUGGUUCCCGCUCACCUUCAGCGUCGUCGUCCGGACCUCCGAGACACCUGUUGCGGCCGCAGCUUCCGCCCGGUUUGCCACCACCCCACGCCUCCUUGCGACCUACCUAUGGACCACCACCGCCGCUACGGGGAUCUGUACCGCCCACAUCCACGGCCAGCGUGGCUACGCCCAAUUCAAGGCCACCUUACCUCCACGGAGCGGAACAUCUCGGUGGGCCAUCUGGUCCUCCGUUGGGAGGAGUUUUCAGUUCCGGGCCGCCACCAGCGAGACAUGCUUCACCUCACUUGAACCCGUACAGAGCACCUCCCAUUUAUGGCAAUCCCAACUACUCGCCCCGCAUUGGCGGACCUCCAGGACCGGGAGAUAUGCGCCCUGGAUCUGUUGACUACGCGGCUGGAGCACGUGGAUAUUCCCCAUAUGGCUACUAUCCGCCGCCCCCACCGCUGACCACGCCUUCUGCCCAUGCAACGCCCAGUUCGGUGAUUGUAAGUGCUCCGCCUGCAGGAACGCCCACGAAUCAUUCGGUCUCCACUCUGACGCAUGCGAAGACUCUGGCUCCAGGACCUUCGACCCAGUCGGCUGGUCCACCACCCGCCGCAGCACCGCCACCAGCAAUACCCAGCGAAGCCGCUGGCCAUAAGGCAGCAGUGACCACCUCUGUGAUAACCAGCAAAAAGCUGACCACUCUGGAGGCGUAUCCCAUCAGAAAAUCACCGAUUGCUGUAGUGGGCGACGUAACGGGUGCGGCAGAAUCAACAAAUUCACCGGCUGCCAUCGCAGAGGACGAUUCGGGAUCGGCCCAUGACACCAGAGCUCCGCCAUCCUCAACGGGAGCUGCUGCCGUGGGCGAGUUUAGUGGCUUGGUAAGCUACUUUAGCUCGCAACAGGAUGAUUAUGACACAUAACAAACGCCGCUAAGAAAACUUGUAUAUAUCAAUAUCUAGAGUUAAAAAUGAAAUUACAUAUUAGAAGUAGCAACCUUGGCAAUAAUUUAUCCUUAAAAGCAUUGUGUUUAAAUUAUAUUAU